AUGGGUUUGUCAUUCACCAAGCUUUUCAGCCGGCUGUUCGCCAAGAAAGAAAUGCGAAUUCUCAUGGUCGGUCUUGAUGCUGCCGGUAAGACCACCAUAUUGUACAAACUCAAGCUUGGAGAAAUUGUGACAACCAUUCCUACAAUCGGUUUCAAUGUGGAGACAGUGGAAUACAAGAACAUUAGCUUUACUGUCUGGGAUGUUGGGGGUCAGGACAAGAUCCGACCAUUGUGGAGGCAUUACUUCCAGAACACUCAAGGCCUGAUUUUCGUCGUUGACAGUAACGAUCGGGAUCGUGUUGUUGAGGCAAGGGAUGAACUUCACAGGAUGUUGAAUGAGGAUGAACUUAGGGAUGCAGUGCUUCUUGUUUUUGCAAACAAACAAGAUCUUCCAAAUGCAAUGAAUGCUGCUGAGAUUACUGACAAGCUUGGACUUCAUUCCCUCCGUACAUCCAGAGCACCUGUGCAACCUCCGGUGAAGGGCUGUACGAGGGGCUUGACUGGCUCUCCAACAACAUUGCUAACAAGGCAUAAGAAAAUAUGUGCUGGGAGAAUUUAG